UCUAUAGUAUAGGGUUCACUUGUUUGAACGGCUUAGAAGGUGAAGGUUUGUUAUCUAGGACCCCAUAGAUAAAUUUUCUGUUGCAGGGUUGUUCCAGUGGAAAGCUCUUAAUGGAUCGGGGAAAGUCUGCAGUGCCCAGGGUAAUUCUUCCAUUGAGUGUAGAGGAGAGUACAAGGCAAAGGGAGCUACUUCAAUAUUCAAGUGUGGUGGAAAGCAGAAAAUGGAAUCCAAGCUUGGAGCAAAAGCAGAUAUUAGAGUCUAUGUGGGCUUCUGGAACAAGAAAACCACCGUGUGAAGCCCAUAUAGAUGAAAUUACCUCUCAUCUACAGCGUUAUGGGAAAGCGGAAGCCAAAAAUGUAUAUUAUUGGUUUUGCAAUGAAGGUACUCGAGAGAAACGCAGAAAACAACAAUCAGAAGCCAUAAAUUCUGAUUGCUCUGCACAAUCAAACCAGUUGGAAAACAGGGUUAAUGUAGAGGGAGAAGAAGAAGAAGCGCAGAGAACUUUGGAACUUUUUCCUCUGCAUCCUGAUAGAGGCGGUUUAUUAUAG